AUGCCACCAAAAACACCGUCGAAAGGUUCAAAAAAAGCUGUUACAAAAACAUCAAAAGGUUCGUCUGGUACUAAAGGUACCGAUAAAAAAGUCAGACGUAAACGAAAAGAAACCUACUCAAUUUAUAUUUACAAAGUACUUAAACAAGUUCAUCCAGAUACUGGUAUAUCAUCAAAAGCUAUGUCAAUUAUGAAUUCAUUUGUUAAUGAUAUUUUUGAACGUAUUGCUGCUGAAGCAAGUCGUUUAUCACAUUAUAAUAAACGAUCAACAAUUAGCAGUCGUGAAAUUCAAACAGCUGUUCGACUUUUAUUACCUGGUGAACUUGCUAAACAUGCUGUAUCAGAAGGUACAAAAGCUGUUACUAAAUAUACAAGUGCUAAAUAA